AUGAAGUCUGUCCGCCAAGGCGAAAAUCUUGGAGACGCAUGGCCUAAGUAUUAUCCCUCGAGGGUGCCUCAAAAGUUUAGUUUCCACUUUAAGCCCCCUGGUUACCCAACCCUCGAGGGACUAUGUAAUGUCCUAGAGUUCUUGGUAAUCGACAGUUACCUUGACUAUAAUUCGGGGAAAAAACCCGACCUGCAGCGCCAGGUCGGCACCACCAGGGCGGGACAUAAAGUAGUAGAAUCGCUUACUUUUGAUGUAUUUCUGCCGUCACAGGUCCCUGCGCUGAUUAAGCGAAGAGGCUCAACAAAGUCCCUUCUCGAGCUCGAAAAGCCAAGCGCCAAGGCUCUCCAAUCAGCGGCCAUUGUAAUCGGUCCCGGUUCUAAAGAUGAUGGAGCAGAAAGCGACUAUGACUUAGCAGCUGAUAAAAGCGAUUCUGAACUUAACGAUCAUAUUGAGAGUGAAAAAGAAAGAGAUGGUGCGACGGGUUACGAUAAUUAUUGA